GGGUUUUCGAAUAGUUUGGAUGAUACCGAAAUGAAUAAAACUUACUCCAAAGAUGAUAAAAUUCAAGGGAAACCAUCCCCACCAAAUAUCACUAGUGUAACUUAUGUGAGUGUAGAUCUGGAUUGGAAAGACUACUUGAAUAAAAUUCAUGAAAAAAUGAAUGCCCAAUCUGAUAAAAUCAAUCCAUUAGCUGAAGUAAUUUUCAAGAAAGAUUCUUCUGAAGAUUGGGAAAGUGGAUAUAUUGGCUACGAUCAUCAAUGUACAUGCAAAAACUUAGAACCUGAUACAUCAUAUUAUUUUCGAAUGCGUUUUAAAAAUUUAAAAGAAUUUGAAAAUUGGAGUGAUGUGGUACAUGUUCAAACAAACCAACUUCCUGUAACUGGUCAUGAAAUACAUGUUGCUAUAAGACAGGAAAAUGUCUUACGUUUACGCGAGUUACUUGAAAAAGAACAAGCAUCUAUUGAAGCAAUAGAUGAGUUAGGAUUUACUGCUCUUAUGUAUUGCGCCCAGCGAAAUCUUUCGGACAUGAUGUCAAUCUUACUUGAAGCUAAUGCAAAUACAGAGACAGAAUCUAGUACAGGAAAAACUGCGAUUAUGUUUGCUGCUUUCAAAGGAAACAUUGAAUGUAUGGAAUUACUACUUGAAUAUGGAGCUAAUGUGAAUCAUUCAGAUAAAAAUGGUUUGACCGCUUUACACAUGGCUGUAGAUGGAGAGCAACCAAGAGCAAUCAGAUUAUUGGUUAAAUCAUGUUCUAAUUUAGAAGCUAAGGAUAACAAUCUUGGAUGGACACCUUUAUUACGUUGUGCCGCUUUAAAAAAUAAUGGAAACGUAGAGGUAGCCAGAGAAUUAAUUAAACUGAAUGCUAAUAUUGAUGCACAAGAUCGAGAUGGUAAAACUGCACUACAUAAUUGUAUUCUACAUGGACACUAUGAUUUAUGCCGGUUUCUGUUAGAAAAUAAUGCCAAUGUGAAUUUAAAAACAAACAAUGGACAUAGUGCAUUAGUACUAAGUGAAUCUAUUGGAAAUCAAAAAAUUCAAAAAUUAAUCAAAGAAUUUGUCAAUCAUAGUAAAACUUGAUUCCAAUUUCAAUAGCAUGUCUAUCUCAAAUAUGCAUGCCAAUUAUACCCACGUUGGAUAAUAUAUACUAUCUAAUUGCAUAGAUAAUGUUACACAAGUGUUCGGUCCAUUUGACUUUUCCCUGAUACUUAGACUUACGAUAAUCCCUAACCCUACCACUAUUAAUCAAAACUAAGAAUUCACAUACUACUCAUUUUUUGUUACCUAUUCAUUCCUCACUAACGAUUGGAUGACCAUACUAAAAUUUUGAUAAUUCUGUAUGUACUUACCUCUUUUUUCUGAAUAUAUCAUGUGAUGGUUUAUAAGAAAACGUAAUAUUAGAAUUGCUUUACAUUCCCACUUCAAUUUUAUUUCUGAUCACUUAGAUCGCCAGUCAGUUAUAUGUUUACAUUCUGAUGGAAUGUUAAUCCCAAACACUGAAUUAUUUUCUACAUACAUAUGUAUCCAGCAUAAAUGGUAGAUUUUUACUGCACAUGGUUUCAAUAAUUAUACUGACC